AAUUAAUAAAAUAUUCUUUAAUCCCAUUUGGAGAAAAAAACAAGAAAUUAAAAAAAAUUCGAGUGCUCUCUUUGUUCUUUAGAACCUCCCAGAAAUCUCAUCUUUUGAAUUUAGGGUAAAAAGGUUGAUCAGGUUAACUGGUGAAUAGCUUUGUACUUUGGAUUUCGGAGCCUUCUUUUUUGGUGAACUGUUGCGUUUGUUGGAAUUUUUUUUUUCUUUGGAGUAUUUAAUUUUCCGGUGAAGAUUGUCAGUUUCAGAAAGCUUAACCAGACAUAAAUUGUCUGCAAUAAACAUGACAGCGGAUCAAAAGGUUGAAUUUGUGUUUAGUAGUGGAUAAGGAUAUUGGAGGAAUGUCUGACUUGUGCAUGUAUGAGCUAGAAGAUAAUGUUUGGGAUGAAUUUGGUGCUAGUGAAGAUCAUAUAGUGCCUCGUACUGUUGAUGAAUAUGGGGCUCAAUUCAAAGUUCAAGGUGAUGGUCGAAAAAAACCACGACAUGAAGUGAUUGGAGUUACUAGUAAUGCUUAUAAUACAACUAAAUAUAGUAUUUUGGGGGAGAAUGAAAAAGGCUUGCAUACUUUGACCAAGAACAGAAUGUUAGAAAAGGGUCCUUGGUCUCACAGUCCUGAUGGUGUGUUUCCCACUUCAGGUGAUAAUGAAUCACUCAAUGAAGCAACAAGCAUGGCUUCUGAUGAUCCAAGGAUGUCCAACCAUUGUCUCACAGCUGGCAAUAUAGCUUCAUUUGGCAGUGAGUUCUAUGCUAAUAAUCCUUUCUUGGUUGACAAGUGUGCCACAGAGGACAAUAAUGUUUACCGUUUUCCACUAAAUCACAUAUCUAAAGAUGAUGACGAUCUCAACUUUUUUAAUGAUAACCAUGAAGACAAAGAAAAUAGUGAUCUUUUUUAUUAUGACUGGGGAGACAUCGGGAAUUUUGAGGAUGUUGACAGGAUGUUCAGAAGUUGUGAUUCAACGUUUGGGUUGGAGAGUCUCAGUAAUGAAGAUGAUUUAUGCUGGUUUUCAUCCUCACAAGUGACUGAAGGAUCGCAAGAUGCAUUGAAGGCUGAUGCUAAACUGAAUAGUGUACCGGAGCAUCGUGCAACUUCUAGACCAGACAGUGCAGGUCCUUCAACUAUUGAUUCCAACAAGAAAAUUGUACUUCCAAGUGACAAAAUAAGUUCCCUUAAUAUGAAAGGUGAUAAUGCUGGUCUUUCUCACAUGUCAUCUUUGAAUGUAUCCAAUAAAGAUUCUGAAAGUAAGGAUGACUCGACACCCAAUGAGCAGAUCAGUCCACAAAAAAAGCAGUCAAAGCAACUGAGUCCAUCAGGAGAAAGAAAUGAUCAACAUCUGGAAAAUGAUGGUCCUUUUCACCGAUACGGUAACAUCAAGCAGUUUGCAGAUGUGAAGCACCCCGUCAGUGAUUCAUCCUGUCAACUCUUUUCCCCAUCAGGCCUUCAGCGGCAUAAACAAAGCAUUGGACCUGAUUCUGUGAGUUACAUACAGACAAAUAUUCCUUAUAUGCAUCUAAACUACAGCAGUUAUUCAGAUCAAAUUUCAAGAUGUCCAACUCUAUCUAGUACCAAAUCUGAAAAUAAUGGUCAUCCUUCUUCGACAAAUGAGUCAUCUUAUGCAUCAAAUCAGGUACAGUCUAUAGAGAGCAAUCAUGGUCUUCCAUUUGAGGCUCCUGCCAUUUUAACGAAUGAGAAAAGGGGAAAGCUAUAUCAUCAACAAGACACACAAGCUGCACUCAAUAGGAAUGUCAAACAUGCAAAAACGGAAAGUCAGAUGGCAUUUUGUGACGCAGUUACCAUUCAAAAGCAGGUUGGUCAGUCUGAACAGGAUGAAGGUCACAGUGAAGUUGAAGGAGUUAGCGUAGGAAAGCCAUCAGAAUUAGGUUCUUCAAAUGCACAGGAGAUCUCUUGUGUAAGUUCUGUGUUGGAUGAAAUCUCACUAGAAGCAACUAGUUUUCGGCAGCUUCAACAAGUCAUGGAAAAGUUGGAUAUCAGGACAAAACUGUGCAUACGGGAUAGUCUGUAUCGUUUGGCUAGGAGCGCUGAACAAAGGCAUAAUUGCACAAAUACAAAAGGUGGCAUCAGAGAUGAUAAAGGCGCAACUGGGCCAUUGGUGGCCGAAGAAACCAACAAGUGCACUGGAUUUAUGGAUAUAGAAACCGACACAAACCCUAUAGAUAGAUCCAUAGCACACUUACUUUUUCACAGGCCUUCAGAUCCAUCUCCAAGGCCGACUACCAGUACUGCAUCUUUUAUGUCUCAUGGCAUGAUUCAUGGCUCUAUCGCAGGUCCAACUGUGAUCACUGAAAAGCACAUUGGCCACGAAGAAACUGGCACCGGCUCAGAUAAAUAGCACUGACAACAAGUAACAGCAGGUAACUGGGAAUUUGUUAACAUCAGUGCAACCUUGUAAAAUAUAAAUUUAUUUAUAAUCACAUAAAAUGAUUGUUGUGAGGCCUCAACAUAAAAUGCAGGUCGGUUCCAUAUUUUAAACUUUGAUUUCUUAGAUACACGAUUAGUCUGUGUUGUUAUAAAUCCUUGUAAUGUUUUGUGAUAAGCUACUUGUCCGCUUGUCUGUGACUAAUACUUCAAAAAAUUUCUGUUUGCUUUUCUCAGACUAUUAAGCGAUCCUGCGACCAAUUUCCUGGACUUUCUCUUAUCUGAUGAUAAUGAAUUUUUUGCUUUACGGAUAUACAUA